UAGCUCUAAUAUAGGCUAGGCCUUAAAUCUACGAUUUAACAUCAAAGCGACUAGAAUCAGACAUAACAAGUCUGCUCGUUCUGCAAUGAGAACCUAAUUUCAAUGGCUAUUUUGUUCAACAUUCACAAAUGUUAUAGAUACGAGAGUGUGUUUGGACCUCUGCGGGCCUUUCAUGUUAGGGUAAAAUAAAACAUGGCUUUGAUGAAAUGUAGGUUCAAAGUAAUUAACCAAUAGCAUCGGGUCAUAUUAUACUUUGCUGCCUGAGUAUCCGCACCAUUGUCGAUCGAACGCUGGAGAGAGAAGUAGGCUAUACCUGCGGUAACCAUGGCCAGCCCUGCGAAACGUAAAGAGGAGGAUUGGGACGUAGAAGGGUAUCUACACAACGUUUCUCCGGCGAAAAACUCCAAAAAGAACCACAAGUAUUUUACUGCUGUGAUUCAGACCGGGAGAAGGGACUUUCACAAGGUUGUGAGUUUUUCGAUGGAAAAACUAUCUCCGUUUUCUCACGCUUCAAAGACCGGGACAGCAGUGAAACUUAAGAACGUGCGGCGGUCUCUCAGCUACUCCGAUCCAAAUGGAUUCGAUGUGAUCUGUAAUAGAACCACAUCUCUUGAUGUUGUGAGCGUUUCGUUCUCCCGCAUCGCACCUCCAAGCAGUACAAGGCUGAGUGUAGCCGAUGUUAAAGCUCUGGGACCCAGACAAAAUGUAGGCGAGCUGGAAGCAAAAGUGAUGUCCCGUGCAGCGCUUAGCAAAAUCGUGCUGGUGAACAAAGAGGAGUGCGAACUUAAGGAGAUAUGGGUCAGCGACGGGACCGAAGAAAUGAAACUCACACUCUGGGACAGCCUCAUUUCUGAAGCUCAAAUAUCAAAAUCAUAUUUGUUUUCGAAUUUGUCUACACGAGAGAUAAAAGGAGAAAUUCGUCUAACGACAACUCCAUCCAGCAAAAUCAAAGAAAUCCCGCCACUGAACGUACCUGAUAGAGACGAAGAUCCAGUCGACAGCGCUUCCUCCGCGACCCUGCGCGGUGUCGUCUCCGGUAUUAAAAUUAUAGCCCGACAUCGCUGUCCGAAGUGCCACAGCCUGCAGAAUAAUAUUAUCCCCAAAUCUAUUAUGCACAGAUGUGAAGCCUGCAAACUACUCCAACGGUCAUCUUCUUUCAAGUCAACCUACGGAGGAGUUAUUGUUCUCACGACAGACCAGGGAGAUAACUCGUGUACGUUGUCAGAUUUAUGCCUGACUACUUACUUUGACAAAUACGGCAUAAACCAUUCACCCAACGAUCUGGAGUCCAUUGAGGAACACUUCAUUAAUCGUUCUGAGUUUGAAAUUACCAUCAACGACGUUUCCCUGGUUACUUGCAUAAUGCACCCCACUCAGCAAAAUGAAGAUUGGGAAGAUGAUCAAGCGUUGAUUAAAAUGGAUGGUGAAGGUGGCGUGGCUGGUGAAGGUGGCGUGGCUGGUGAAGGUGGCGUGGCUGGUGAGGGUGAUCGUGUCGCUGGUGCUGAAGGUGGCGUGGCUGGUGACGACGGUGCUGGUGUCGCUAGUGCUAAAGGUGGCGUGGCUGGUAAGGUCGCUGAAGUUGUUGUGGGGUGUUCUUCAGGACGCCAGUAUAGACUAAUUGAGUAGAGUAGCUAAUGUUAAAAAAGAUAUAAGGCUA